UUAGCGCUAUUAUGUAAACCAAAGCUCUAGUUUACUUGCCUGUCUGAGGUUGGCUGGCAUCGAACGGGCAUGAGCUGUGGACGAGUUUCAUCUUCGGCCAGAAUAAACCGAUGUGUCAUUUUCUAACACUUACGGAGCUGUUUCAGGGAAACGAUGGAGCAGGCAGAAGAAAAACAGGGAGGAACGAAUGAAGAGGAAGGAGCAACACCAGGAGGAGACGGAGAGCUGGAGCAGAAGUCGGCGGUGAAGAGACGGCACGAGGAAGGGGAGGAUGAGGAGGAGACUUCCCCCACUAAGAAGCUGGGGACCGAUCACAGCAAGAAGGUGGCGACUCACUACAACGCGCUGCAGGAAGUCGGCCUGGCGGCUCGGAGCCAAAGCAGGAUCUUCUACAUGAGGAACUUUAACAACUGGCUGAAGAGCGUCCUGAUUGGGGAGAUCCUGGAGCAGGUACGAGGAGCAGGGAGCAGAAAUGUGUCUGUGUUGGACCUCGGCUGUGGUAAAGGAGGAGACCUGUUGAAGUGGAGGCGAGGAGGCAUCGGUCACAUCGUCUGCGCAGAUAUUGCAGAAGUGUCCGUAGACCAGUGCCGUACUCGAUACGAAGAAAUGAAAAGGAAAAGCUACUCUAACGAGAAAAUCUUCAGUGCCCAGUUUAUCACCGCAGACUGUUCAAAGGAGGUUUUGUCAGAGAAGCUGGAGGACCCCAAGCUGAUGUUCGACAUCUGCAGCUGUCAGUUUGUGUAUCAUUACUCAUUUGAGAGCGAGCAGAAGGCGGACAUGAUGCUGAGAAACGCCUGCGAGCGUCUCAAACCUGGAGGCUUCUUCAUUGGAACGACGCCAGAUGCCUACGAGCUUGUUAAACGCAUAGAGGCAUCAGACUCCCUGUCCUUCGGUAACGAGGUCUUCAACGUUUCCUUUCAGUCCAAAGGCUCCUAUCCUCUGUUUGGAUGUCAGUAUCACUUCAGCCUGGAGGGCGUGGUGGACGUUCCCGAGUUUCUUGUCUACUUUCCUCUUUUUGAACACAUGGCCAAGCAGUACAACAUGCGUCUGGUGCUGAAGCAGCGGUUCUCAGAGUUCUUUGAAGAAAAAGUGAAAAAGGAUCAACAUCGCAGCCUCAUGAUGAAAAUGAUGGCUCUGGAGCCUUUUCCCUGUGAGGAUGGAGGUCAGCAGGCUUCAGACAACACAGAGGAGUACUGCCAUGCUAAAGAGCACUGUGGUAGACCGGGAGUGAAACCACCAGUGGGAACCCUGAGCAGAUCUGAGUGGGACGCAACCAGUAUCUACUUGGUCUUCGUGUUUCAGAAGAUGUCCUGAUACUUCAAAUCAAACUCCAGUCAACGCUUACCUCACCUGUUCCUCUGUUCCUGUCUGUACAGCUUUUUUUUGUUGUCAUUUUUAAAUAUUUUUUUGAUAAAAAGUAAAGUUGUUGGAGAAAAGAAUUUAAACUGGAAAUAAAAGCAGUUCUGCGCUGUCCCA